AUGGAGGCUGUGAGAAGGUUGGUCCUUCUGAUGCUUUUCAUGGAGGGGCCUUUGGCCCAGAUGAAUCUCAUUGGGUCUGAAGGCAAAGCAACCUGCACCGCCAGCCUGGGAGGCUCCAGCCAGUCCGAAGUCCAUAAAACCAUGAUCCUGCAGCUCAACCCCAGUGAGGACUGCACCUGGACCAUCGAAGGAAAAGAAGACAAAAGUGUCCGGCUCAUCUUCACCUAUUUCCAACUGGACCCAGAUGCAAGCUGUGAACGUGAGCACAUUAAGGUCUUUGAAGGAAACUCCACCAAGGGGGCACUGCUAGGGAAAGUCUGCAGUAAGAGCGACUUCGUCCCUGUGUACCAACCAUCCUCCCACACGAUGGCGAUCCAGAUAGUCACGGACUCAGCCCGGGUGCCGCGAAUGGUCUUCAUCUUCUACUACUUCUUCUCUCCCGACACCUCUAUUCCAGACUGUGGUGGCUACCUGGACUCUCUGGAAGGUUCCUUCUCCAGUCCCAAUUACCCAAGUCCACAUCCCGAACCGGCCUAUUGUGUGUGGUACCUACAAGUGAAGAAGGGAUACAAGAUACAGUUAAACUUCAAAGAGAUUUUCCUGGAGGUGGACGAUCACUGUAGGUUUGACUUCAUUGCCAUCUACGACGGCUCGUCCACCACCUCUGGCCUGAUUGGGAAAGUGUGUGGCCAAGCGACACCCACCUUCGAGUCCUCCUCCAACUCCUUGACUGUUGUGCUCUCUACGGAUUAUGCCAACUCCUACCGAGGCUUCUCGGCUACCUACACAUCUAUUUACGUAGAAAAUGUCAACACUACAUCUUUAACUUGCUCUUCUGACAAGAUGAUAGCCAUCAUAAGUAAAUCCUACCUGGAAUCACUGAACUAUAGAGGGGAUGAACUCCAACUAAGUGACCCAGCUUGCAGACCCCAAGUAACAAGUGUCGUGGAAUUUUAUAUUCCUCUUGAUGGAUGUGGCACAAUAAGAAAGGUGGAAGACCACUCAAUGAUUUACACCAACAUAAUCACCUUCUCGGCAUCCCCGGUGUCUGAGGUGAUCACCCGUCAGAAGCGUCUGCAGAUCAUUGUCAAGUGUGAAAUGGAGCACAACUCCACCGUGGAGAUUAUGUAUGUGGCACAGGACGACGUCAUUCAGAACCAGAGCGGGCUGGGCCGAUACAACACAAGCAUGGCUCUGUUUGAGUCGGACUCAUUCGACAAGCCCUUGCCGGAGUCCCCCUACUAUGUGGAUUUGAACCAGCUUCUGUUUGUUCAAGUCAGUCUGCACACCUCAGACCCGAAUUUGGUGGUGUUUCUUGACACCUGCAGAGCCUCUCCCACCUCCGACUUUGCAUCCGUAACCUAUGACCUCAUCAACAGUGGAUGUGCCCGAGAUGAGACUUGCAAGGUGUACCCUUUACUGGAACACCAUGGAAGAUUCCAGUUUAAUGCCUUCAAAUUCUUGAGACACCUAGGCUCCGUGUACCUGCAGUGCAAGGUGUUGAUCUGUGACAGUAGAGACCCCCAGUCUCGAUGCAGCCAGGGCUGUCUCUCCAGGAGGAAGCGAGAUAUAUCUUCCUACAAAUGGAAGAUGGAUUCUGUCAUGGGACCCAUUCGUCUGAAAAGGGAUCGGACUUCAGGUGGAAAUUCAGAAGUUCAGCAUCCAGCCAACGCAGAAGGAACUCAGAAUCUACCUUUCAACAGUCUGCAUCUGUUUGCCUUCACGGUCCUUGCUCUAAACAUCGUGAUUGUGGCAUCAGUCACAGUGAGAUAUCUGGUGACUCAGAGGACAAACUACAAAUACCAGAAACUUCCGGACUACUAG